AUGGCUUAUCCAAAACAUCUUCUAGAGGAAGAUGUCUGGUCCAAAUACAAGGAAUUGGGGUUGGAAAUUUACCCUUCGCUUGAUAACACGGCAAUUCAUUACGAACGAGCUCGGUCGGCUUCUCGCAUUAUUGACUACCCUAAUGUACGCCGGAUUAACCCAAAAUUAGGCAUUACAGCUGAGGAUAUCUUGUACUUGACCCCGAAGUUCUGGAGUUUACAUAUGGAUCUUCCCGGCCACAUUACUAACAUUGGGAAAGCUUUCGUGGCGCGAGACUCGACUUGCCUGUCUAUUCUCGUCAUUCAUUAUAAUCUAUGCCUUGGCACCAUUAUUCCCUUCGCUAGAAAGUCUCCUGAGAUUGCAGAACUCGUCCAGAAAAUGCUCAACUUUGAUGUAAACGGACAGUUUAUGCUCACAGAACUAGACCACGGCCUGGACGCUCGCAAUUUGGAGACCACAGCUACGCUACAGCCUGAUGGCUCUUUUGAACUGCACACUCCGCACCCUGGCGCAGCUAAAUCCAUGCCGCCAAAUACGACGGCGUCGGGAAUACCUCGAACGGCUGUCCUGUAUGCUCGGCUGAUUGUCGACCAAGAGGACCGUGGCGUGCGGCCUUUUGUUGUUCCUCUUAGCGAAGCAGGUCGAUUGAAACCAGGCAUAACCUCCAAGAUACUACCAGUUCGCCCUGGCACCAAACCCUUGGAUCAUUGCAUCACAACGUUUGACCGAGUUAUUCUACCUCCAUACUGCUUAUUGGGGUCCACGGAGAAGCCAAAAGAUGAGCGCGCCUCAUUCAUGCGAUCAAUCUGGCGCGUCCCUAUCGGCAGCAUUAGUCUAUCCAUGACGGGUAUCACUGCUAUCAAGAUCGCAACACACCUUACUGCUGCAUAUAGCCUACGAAGAACUGUUGGAUCAAGCAAGAGUGGUGACUUAACACCAAUCAUGUCCUUUAGCACGCAAUAUCGCCCUAUUGUAAAUGGGCACGUCCAAGCCACCGUGCUUGAGGCGUAUGCCCGCUGGGCUAUCAAACAGUUCAUGAACCCCAAAGCGCAUGUUCUCGUUCGAUCUGCUCUGGGAUUUAUUUUCAAAACCACUGUAAUCCAAGCGUCUACGAUCUUGACUGAAUUCUCAGAGCGAUGCGGCUGGCAGGGCCUGUUCUCAUACAAUCAAAUAACCAACAUGUCCCUGAGCUUCCAGGGGAACGCUAUCGCUGAGGGCGAUACACUAGUGCUUUGCAUCCGUCUAGCUUCAGAGCUUCUCGGAGACAAGUAUCGUCUCCCUGAGGCGCUGGACCCUUCCAGCCUACUGGCUAAACGUGAAAUGCGAGCAAUGACAGAAGCUAAGACUAAGCUAUCUCAGAUAGGAGGAUAUAAAUCCCACCGCGGUACUGAUUACAAUCGGCAUAUAUUGCCACGCUCAAGGCCGUUGAUCGAAUCAAUAGGACACCGAAUGGCGUAUGAGGCCGCCAAAGAAGCCGGAGUCUCACCAAACAUUCUCACCCUUUACGAAAGUUUGUGCGUUGCGGCGGCACCUAGUAGCAUGUCUGACACCAUAGAUCAAGAUAGCUUGACGGAUAUAUACGACGAAGUGCUGGCAGAGGUCAUGCCCCGGUUUGAAAGCUCGGAAAUGAAGGACUACUUCACGGCUCCUAUUGCAUCGAAGGAGUCGUGGGAUGAAUUUUUCCAGUCCCUCCCGUCUGAGGAUUGUUUGAAAAAACUGAAGGCCAAACUUUGA